GGAAAAAGAAAAUCAUUAAUAAAAUGUGCACUAUGGUCUAGAUGCUAUUCCCUUUCCCUCUAUAAAUUAAAGAGAUACACAUCCACAUCCACUCUCCUAAAGUGAAAACUCACUCCUCUAAAUUUCUAAUCACAUCUCCAGUCCUCCUAAUAUCUCUUUAUUACACGGAUGCCUCCAACUCCAGUUCCUGCCAUCAAAGUUGGGCAUAUUCAUGAUGUCCAAGAACUGGGAAAAAACAAAUCGUCAGAAAUCCCUGAAAGGUUUAUCAGGGACACUUUUGAGCGGCCAUCUCUAGAGCAGCCCAUUUCAUAUGACAACAACAUACCUAUUAUUGAUUUCUCAAAACUUGUCAAAGGAAAUAAAGACGAUGAUGAUUUUUGUACUGAGAUAAUGAAGCUCACAACUGCGUGUCAAGAGUGGGGAUUUUUCCAGGUGAUGAACCAUGGAAUUGAAGUUGAGUUGCUAGACAAAAUAGAAAAAGUGGCCAUGGAAUUUUUCAACAUGCCUUUAGAGGAGAAGAAAAGGUAUCCAAUGGCUCCAGGGACAGUGCAAGGGUAUGGACAAGCUUUUAUUUUCUCAGAGGACCAAAAGUUGGAUUGGUGCAAUAUGUUUGCACUUGGGUUGGAGCCCAAGUCUGUAAGGAAUCCAAAGCUUUGGCCAACUAAACCCUCUGAUUUCAGUGAAACACUAGAGAUAUACUCGAGAGAAAUACGGAAAUUGUGCAAGAACUUGCUCAAGUGCAUAGCUACUACACUGAGUUUAAAAGAUGAUGUUUUUGAGGAGAUGUUUGGGGAGACUGUCCAAGCCGUGCGGAUGAAUUACUACCCAGCAUGCCCCAGGCCCGAUCUCGUUUUGGGCCUCAGCCCACAUUCUGAUGGAAGUGCUAUAACCGUUUUGCAGCAAGGUAAAGGCAACCCAAUUGGGCUUCAGAUUCUUAAAGACAAUGGUUGGGUAUCCGUUCAACCCAUUCCCAAUGCUCUAGUCAUCAACAUUGGUGAUACACUAGAGGUGCUAACAAAUGGGAGAUACAAGAGUGUCGAACAUAGGGCAGUGGCAAAUAAAGAAAAAGACAGGCUAUCAAUUGUGACAUUUUAUGCUCCAAAUUAUGAAAUGGAAGUUGGGCCAAUGAAAGAAAUGGUGGAUGACAACAAUCCCUGCAAAUACAGAAGAUACAAUCAUGGAGAGUACAACAAACAUUACGUUACCAGCAAGCUUGAAGGCAAGAAAACACUUGAAUUUGCCAAGAUUAUCAACAAAUGAUUAUAAGCAUCUCCCUAACUAGUGCAUUAGAUUGGUUUCCUUUUAGUCAGACAAUUAAUGUGUUAGGUGGAAUGGAAUGUUCGUCAUCAAGUUACUAGUGUUCUGUUUCCAUAUAAUAUAGCACAUCGCAACUUAACUUAUGUGUUCUGUAAGCAUAUUUAACAUUAUGCUAAUAUAAUAAAGUCGUCCUAUAGCUACUCUGAUACAAAAUUUUGUGUGCCGUAUCUUGGACCCUAAAUCAUUUUAAAUUAUGG